AUGACGCUGAAAUGUUUGAGCCGCGAUGCCUACCGGGUGGGAUGGAUCUGCCCGUUAGAGGUGGAACAGAUCGCGGCAAUGGAGAUGCUAGACGAGGAGCACCAACCUCUUCCGCAACCCAGCGGGGACACAAACAUCUACAAUCUCGGCAGCAUCAACAACCAUAACGUGGUCAUCGCGGGUCUUCCGCGCGCGGGGAACUGCUCCGCGGCCACUGUCGUCACCCAAAUGAGGAUGACCUUCCCAAACCUCAAAUACGGCCUGCUGGUCGGGAUUGGGGGCGGCGUGCCGACAAAGACCGAGUGUGGAAUGGUCCGUCUCGGACAUGUGGUCGUCAGUCAGCCAACUGGUAUUCACUCUGGGGCAGUGCAGUAUGACCACGGAAAAGCGAAGGUGGGCCACUUUGAACGCAAAGGAUUCCUCGCACCUCCCCCAACAGCCCUUCUUAACGCUACGCGGGAAGUGGCUGUCCGGCGCCAACGGCUGGAUUAUGAUCCAAUUUGGAAGAAUCUGGAGCGAAUCCACACUGGCCGUCCAACACUUCGUCGCUUCACGUUCCCCGGCGCCGCGAAUGACCAUCUCUACCCGUCCGGUUACACCCAUGGUCAGCAAGGAACGUCAUGUGAAGAGAGUGGGUGUGACCCGAGGCAGCGUAUCGCGCGACCAAUAGAUGAGGAAGACGACUCCUUUAUUGUUGUACACCGAGGCACAAUAGCAUCUGGGGAGCUGGUGAUAAAGGAUGCUCAGAGGAGGGAUGAUCUAGCGCAGGAGCAUGGGGUGCUAUGCUUCGAAAUGGAGGCCGCAGGAGCCCUUACCGAUUUCCCAUGUAUGGUGAUUCGAGGCAUCUCCGACUAUUGCGACUCGCAUAAGAACGACCAGUGGCAUGGCUACGCAGCGGCGGUAGCGGCCGCCUAUGCGCGGCAGCUAUUCUUCCACAUGUCCAUUGAAGAGGUGCAACGGAAUUCGAAUCAAACGCCUACUUCUUUCGAGCUCCCGCUUAAUCUGUCCGGAAUAUCCGAAGUGACCCAUUUCGUCGCACGAGAAGAUCAGCUAAAGAGAAUGCAAGAGAUCCUCGAAACACCUACUGGACGCCGUACUGCCGUGGUGCAUGGGCUGGGUGGCAUCGGCAAGACGCAGCUAGCGAUCGCAUAUAUCAAACGGAACCGGUCUUAUUAUUCGGCGGCUCUAUGGCUAAAUGCAAAAGAUGAAACAGCGCUGAAACAAAGCUUUGCACGCGCAGCUGAGUGGAUUGCACGCCACUAUCCAUCUCUGACAUAUAUUGAAAGUGCUUUGGAGAGCCGGGACCUGGACGAGACGGUGAAAGCAGUCAAGAGAUGGUUGGAUGAGCCGAUGAACGAUCGCUGGUUAGUCGUCUAUGAUAACUAUGAUGAUCCCCUAUUGGGCAACCAGACGGUGAAAAGCCUAGCCUCUACUUCCUUUAUGGAAGCUAGUACCAACAGCGAUGACGAGGAAGAUCUCGCAAAGGCUUUUGAUCUGCAGAAAUUCCUGCCCGAGACUGACCAUGGUGCCAUUGUUGUGACCACGCGGUCCUCCAUGGUCAAGCUAGGCCAGACGCUUCAGUUACGCAAGCUAGAGGAUAUUGAUGAUAGUCUCGAGGUCCUAGCUUCCGUCUCUGGCCGUGAAGAUCUAAGACAAGAUCCUGUCGCCGCUGAUCUUGCAAGACAGCUCGAUGGACUGCCUUUGGCCCUGGCAACGGCUGGCGCAUAUCUAGAGCAGGUGUCGAUCAGCUACGCCGAGUACCUCCAGCUAUACCGAGAAUCAUGGCAGCGACUCCAUGAAGAGACGCCACAGCUAGGGGCAUACCAUCAAACGCUGUACUCAACUUGGAAUAUCUCGUACCGAUACAUUCAGCAGCAGAGUCCAAUUGCGGCUAUGCUUCUCCAACAAUGGGCGUAUUUCGCCAGUGAAGACUUGUGGUAUGAGCUGCUGGAAGAUAGCGGCCCGGAGAAGCCGGAAUGGCUGGGGGCACUGACAGAGAACAAGCUCAUAUUUCACAAAAGCUUACGAGUUCUGUGCAGCCAUGGGCUCGUUGAAGCUGAUCCGACUACCACGUUACAGCGAGUGGAGUCACGAGGGUAUAGCGUGCACGGCUGCGUUCAUUCGUGGAUGAUGCAUGUGUUAAACCAGGGGCUGAAUAAGAAGAUGGCCUGGACAGCAGUCCAAUGUGUAUCGCGGCAUCAGGGCCGACUCCAAGAGACAGAGACAAUAUACAUACGAGCGCUGGAAGGCAAGGAGAAGGCGUGGGGACAAGAACACACGGAGACGCUGGAUAUCGUCAAUAACCUCGAUACCAUCUACACGGAUCAAGACCGACUCCAAGAGGCAAAGGCAAUAUUCGAACAAGCGCUGGAAAGCAAGAAGAAAGCCAUUCUCUACAAGAAUCAAGACCAACUCCAAAAGGCAGAGACAAUGUACAUACAAGCGCUAGAAGACAAGAAGAAAACAUGGAGACGAGAACACACGUUGACGCUGGAUACCGUCAACAACCUCGAUAGUCUCUACAAGAAUCAAGACCAACUCCAAGAGACAAAAGCGAUCAUUCUCUACAAAAAUCAAGACCAACUCCAAGAGACAGAAGCGAUAUACACACGAGCGCUAGAAGGCAAGGAGAAGGCGUGGGGACGAGAACACACGUCAACACUGGAUACCGUCAACAACCUCGGCAUUCUCUACAAGAAUCAAGGCCGGCUCCAAGAGGCAGAGGCGAUGUACGUACGAGCUCUAGAAGGCAAGGAGAAGGCGUGGGGACGAGAACACACAUCGACGCUGGAUACCGUCAAUAACCUCAGUGCCCUCUACACGGAUCUAGACCAGCUCCAAGAGACAAAGGCGAUAUUCGAAACAACGCUAGAAGACUUUGAGAAGACAUCAAAGCCAGCUCCAAGAGAUACCGUUAACAACCUCGGCACUCUCUACAAGAAUCAAAACCGGCUCCAAAAGGUAGAGGCAAUGUACACACAAGCACUAGAAGGCAAGAAGAAGACGUGGAGACGAGAAUAUACGUCGACACUGGAUAUCGUCAACAACCUCAAGGCGAUGUUCAAACAAGUGCUGGAAGGCAAGAAGAAAACGUGGGGACGAGAACACACGUCGACACUAGAUACCAUCAACAACCUCAAUACCCUCUAUACAGAUCAAAACCAGCUCCAAGAGGCAAAGGCGAUAUACGCACAAGCGCUAGAAGGCAAGGAGAAGACGUGGAGACGAGAACACACGUCGACGCUAGAUACCGUCAACAACCUCGGUACCCUCUACACGGAUCUAGGCCAGCUCCAAGAGGCAGAGGCGAUGUACGAACGAGCACUGGAAGGCUAUGACAUAGCUUUUGGUGCGACCUCAACUUUUACCUACAUCCCUGCCUUGAACACUCUUACGAACUAUGGUCUUCUAUGUGAGAACAAUGGGAAAGUGGAUACCGCUGUGCUGUAUUAUCAGCAGGCGCUGGCAGGCGCUGAGGCUGUUUGGGGCCAGGAUGGCGAACGGUAUACCUGGCUUUCCAACAGAUUGAGCUCUUUACAGCGUGACAAGGGUGACAUUUCUGACGAUAACUCUGUGCGAAUGGGAACAAAGAAGCGGGGGACAAUAUGGAAAAAAUUUAGAGCAAAGCUCUCCGGUAUAAACAAGUCUCAAUAA